AUGCGAAGAGCCAACGGUGCAGAUGGUGUGCAGGACGGAGGCCUGAGGAUGAGGAUGGAAGAGGUGUCGCAAGAGGAGAGGCUCCUGGUUAUUGCGGAGAAAAGGAAGAAGCAGACUGAGAUUGAGAACAAGAGGAGGCAGCUGGACGAUGACAGACGACAACUCCAACAUCUCAAGUCCAAGGCACUGAGGGAACGCUGGUUGUUAGAUGGAGCUCCGGCCGAGGAGGAGACUCAAAAGCGCCUGCAGGAGGAUGAGGUGAAAACCAAAAUUCUGGAGCAGGUCAUUUUCAGACUGGAGCAGGAAAUUGAAGAACUGGAGACAGGCGUGCCAGCCAAUAAGGGUGUGGCUAAAGAAAAUGGAGGAGAGAACGGCGUCUGCCAGACCCCCAAGCGGGAGGUGGCCGGCAUUGAGGCCAAGUUGCUGGGCCCCAGUCCCGACCAAGCAAGCGCCGACAACCCCGUCACGCUGGUCUUCAUGGGCUACAAGACAGUGGAGGAUGAGAAGGACGGACGCCCAGCCACGGAAACCGACGGGGCGGAUGGCAACGUGAAGGCCGAGUUCGUGAUGAUCGAGGAUGGGGAGGCCAAGCUGGCUUCAGGGGACGCAGCCACGGCCGACCAGGCUCCGCCCAACGGAAGCAUGGCGGAAAAGGAGAAGGUCGAAGAUGAGAAGGAGAAAAAACAGCGCUGCAAAUGCUGCGUGGUCAUGUGA